AUGCCGAUCAAAGCCAAUUGCAAACGAUCGAAGAAAAAAGCCCUGAGGGUCGCCUCUCAACCACUCAAGAGCGGUCUGACCGAGUCAGUGCCCCCAAGCGCUUCCACUAAUCAUCGUACGCGCUCCUCAAACGCCAAAAGUUUUGAUCUGGCACCAUCGACUACACCUCCACCUACUGAGUGGGAACAGUAUUUCGAGGCUAGGUCGACCCGCAUCCGCAAGGAGCGGGAGAUGAAAGCGACUAGCACUCAGCGUGGAAAAUACUGGCAUGCGCUGUUGCAGGAAUACCGGGACAUUCCUCCUCUCCACCAAGAAACGGAAGAGGAUAGGCGCCAGUCCGAAAUCAUGCGCUUGAAGAAGAAGAGCUUGAUGGAAUCCCGCUCCAACGGCAGUUCUGGCAAAAAGUUUCGCUUUUGGGAAAGGUGA